CUAAAAUUAAAAGUCAAUAUUGUAACCCGAGAUAAUAAACACAACAUAAACAGAAAAUAAUAACUCAAAUUACUACCUCUAGGUUUGGCAAGUAAUCUCCAUUAAUAUCCAGGCAGUGGCCAUGAGGCCUGUGUCUAACCUGGCUGAAGCGUAAGUUGAUCCUACUUUGAAGAAGGAAAACAAUGGAGAAUCCCUUAACGCAUUUUCCUCAACCCUCCCUCGUCGAUCAACCUCAAGCACCGGUGGGUCCUCCUGCUUCUUCUCUGGUGGUGUCUUCAGCUUUCCCCUUUGAUCAUCCAUCUACUUCUAAACCUCCAGGACCCUUUAUGUAUAAAAAUCGGUUACAAGAAUUUACACAACGAUCAUCCUUGCAGCUUCCAGUGUAUCGAACUUUUAAUGAUGGACCUAUGCAUGCACCAAAGUUUCGGUCAACCGUGUUAGUUGAUGGUCUAACAUAUACUUCUGAGAGCACCUUCUCAAAUAUAAAAGCUGCUGAACAGGAUGUUGCCAAGCAUGCCCUGGAGUGUAUUUCAAAAAAAUUAAAAGAUGAAGGCUGUUCUCUCGCUCAUGUGGAUAUCAUGUUUUGCAAGUCUAUCUUAAAUGAAUCUGUGGUCAAGACGAAACUACAACUUCCGACUUACUCUACCAUUCAGUCAGAAGGAUUGCCUCCUAUUUUUGUGUCUACUUUGUUUUUCAAUGGCAUGAUGUACAAAGGGGAAACUGGCAGAACUAAGAAAGAGGCUGAACAAUUAGUUGCACGUGCCGUCAUCCAAUCACUUCUAGAUGAUGAUAGGUAUGUGAUAGUUGUUUCAGAGAUCAUCAGAUCCAAAGCUAAACUUCAGAAUGCCUUGAAUAAAGUCAAGGAUUCAAACAUUGCCAAUUUCAACACUACACCUGUUGUGGCAAACAUUGAGAGUCACAACAUUGAAGAGGUUGAAACAACUGUAAUCCCUAACUGUGUGCUAACUAGUGAAUCUGUACAGCCAAGCUCGGGUUCAAAACAUCCUCGCCAUGAAUUCAAGAAUCCAACUGUAGGACAAGGUAGUGAUUGCAUUCAUCUUCCAAUUGCUUUUGUACCUGCUUUCUUAGGACAGACUGCAGAUGGUGAACACUCAAGAAAAUCAAAGAAGAAGAAGCGGGCUAAACUAAAUGCUGAUUCUCAGUUGGCUGUUGCUGGUGUCCCAUUUGCUCAAACCACACCACCGUGUUCACUUGCUCCUUGAACCUGCGCGAUCGCUACCUUGCUUUAUAGCUAGUGCUUUGUUAGAUUUAGAAAAAACCAUAGUUAUGGUUCUCAGAUGAUUAGACUUACUGUUGUUCUGCAGUAAAACUAACUGAUAAAUGUUUCUUUCAUGCUAUUGCCUAAAUUUCAAUAUUAGGAGCAGCUGCUAAGAAACUUUUGUUGAAGUCGGGCAAUAGUGGCUGACGUGGAAGAAACUCAGUUGUUUCUGAAAAUAACUUGGGUUGUCUAUAUUUGGCUAAAAUGUGGAAAUUGAGUUGCUUGUGCUUAAUAAUAAUU